CAACCAUCUUUACCAAAUUGUAAUACAGGACAAGCAUGAAGCCCGAAUGUCUCUGCUAGUCAAUUAAAUUUGUGGCUUUCUAUCACUACCACAACCAGAAUGUUGGGUGCACACCUCCUCUGGACUGAGCAUGACAUAACCCAAUCUAUUCCAAUUGCUUACAGAGGAGGUUUUUACAGAUGAGGAUGUUAGAUCCAUUCUAUCAACCUGAUAAAGGAAAAGCUUGCAGUGGAAUGUAGAAAGCACAUCCUCCUAACAAAGUGGGGAGGACCCACCAAGAAAAAUGUCACUUUAGUCAAGAAUGGGUUGGUCACCCAUCUGGUAGUCCUUGUAAGUCAGCCAUGAUUGACACAAUUAAAUAAGUUUUUUAAAAAGGUGUGGGAAGCAAUAAGGCGGUGGGGCUGCACAAUUAAUACAUUAAGUAAUGCAAUAGAUAAUAUAAUCGAUAGUGGUACUAAAAUAGGGAGAUAAGAAUAGGAUAUAUGGAAAUAAGAAGAAGAACAGGUGGGACCUUGGCCUGGUGCAGCUGCGUUUGCUUCGCAUUGGGCCCGUGCAUUGCAAGGGGAGGAAUCACAUGACAAACAACUCACUUUCCUUUCACCUCUAUUUUUGUAUGCCAAGGCACGUUACAACUUACAAUACACCGCUGCCAUUAACCUACCUGUUUGCUUGCUUUGUUUCUUUACACUUUCAGAUUGGAUUGAUUCUCGAACAGAUUCAAAGUGGGCUCUCGGGAAUCGCCGUAGUUGCAGUCUUUUCGGCAUUGGGUAUCCGUUUAUGUGAUUGUUUUUAGCACCGAGAAAGGAUUUGAACCAGUGGACGUUUUUUUCGAUCUUCCAGCCCUCGUACGUCGUUAAAUGAUUCUGAGUGGGUGCUCGUGAAGACUCUUGUGGGGAUUUUUUAGGCAUUGGGUGUUUGGCUCUGUGAUUUUAUUAAAUACCCAGAAAGGAUUUGUACCUGGAGGCCCUUUUCUCAGCUCCAAACCAUAGCAUGACCCCGUGGGGGCUGGGCCCUCACGUGUGCAGUGGUGUGGAAAUGGGGGCUCGUGCUCGUUCACAGAAUGUUGUUGUUGUCAUUGACAUGAUUGUUAUGACAUCGGUUCAGCUCGCUACAGGUCUGUAAAACUGCGGUCUUACAAUGUCGUCUUUUAGGUAACUGUGAAAGCAGAGCAAUGGGGAAACUGACUAGCGAUGGGGUAGCCAGGGGUGAGAAUACUGAAGAGCAGAAUAGCGGGUGCUGUAAUGCUUCUAGGGUUUGUAACAGAUCGAAUCUUAAAAUAAUUGUUGCAGUUGUUAUUAGUGUGAAUCUUCUGCUUGUCGGCAUAUAUAACCUUCCCAUGUUCAGAAAGCACAAUGGAGAGAACACAGGAGAAAAUCUGCAAGCAGCUCAAGUACAAGCAAGCUUCAUGCUCAAGAGACCAUUAUCAAUAGUUAAUGCAAAUAUUUUGGAACUGGAAUCAGACAUAUGGGAGGAAAUAUUUGUUCCAAAUGCAAAGGUGAAAAUUAUAUCAUUAAGGCCAUUAGCUGAAUACAAUGGAACAGAUGUUGCUUUUGGGAUUGUUCCAAAUCAAGAAAAUUCGUCAAUUUCAUCAGCUGACCUAAGUGUGCUGAGAGAAACUUUUACAAGCUUAGUUCUGGAGACGUAUAAUCUAUCUCUAACACAUAGUGUGUUUGGGAGAGCUUACUUCUUUCAAGUGUUAAGCUUUCCUAAAGGGAUUACAGUUAUACCAGAACAGGCGCAUUUUCCUUUACUGCAUAUGCAGGUUCUAUUCAAUUUUACAUUGAACUACAGCAUUUUUCAAGUUGUUCAAAAUCUUGCUCAACUGAAGCAGGAACUAGAGUUUGGCUUACGUGUCAAGCCCACGGAGAAUUUGUUUGUUCAACUGACAAAUCUGGAGGGGUCAACCGUGGAGCCUUCUACAAUCAUUGAGACAUCAAUCAUGCCAGUGGUUGGGAAUGGUUUAGCAAAACCAAGACUAAAGCAGUUGGCUCAAGAAAUUACUGGAGAUCAUGCAGGGAACUUGGGUCUAAAUCAUACUCUUUUUGGUAAAGUAAAGCAGAUUAUGCUUUCCUCUUAUCUGAGAGACCCAACUUCAUCACCUUCUCCUGUGCCAAGCCCUUCACCAUCCCCAUCACAUUCGGCAUGUUCAUCGCCUGUGCCAACACCACAAUCAAGUGCUUCACCAGUGCCUUCUGUACAUCACCAUCACCAUCACCAUGCCACGGCUCCUUCCAGUUAUCAUUGCCACCAUCAUCAUUGCAAAUGUGGGCAUAAACAUCAUGCUAGAUCUGGGGUAACUGGAUCACCGUCUCCUUCUCCUUCUCAUGCCAAGACUUCCAGGAAAAAGCCUUGCAUUCACCACCAUGUAGGAGUUGCUCCUGUACCUGCCAUUGCAUUGCCUCCACAGAGCAUUCCUCCUUCCCAAGCUCGACCUUGUCAUGGUCAUCUGCCUUCUUUUCCGUUGGUGUCACCAUCGACUGCCCCCUCACAUCUUGAUAGAGUUCCACCCAUUUCAACUCCAAAACCUUCAGUGAUUGCAGCAGUAUCUCCAAGCAAGGCUCCACCCCCUGCAAGUAAGCAGGCACACGCUGAGCUUACAAGUGGGAAUGCUCCAGUCCCGGCAUUAUCAUCUUCAGCUUUUAAUUUUGUUCCUCCUAUUCAGUUGAUCAUUUCUUCAGUGCUUUUAGUGGAAACCUUUUUGAUUUAUUUCUUACCGUAAGGCAGUGGAAGGCUUUUUGGCUAUAAGGAUCCAGCCAUGAGGUGAAUGUGUUCUGACUACAGCAAAAUGUUUAUAGCUACACAAAUCAAGCAAAAUCAUGAAGGGCAAUAUAAUGUUCUGCCCUUAGAAAACAGUCUAAUUUGGUAUCUGUAUGAUAUAAAUACAGUGCAAGCCGAUUUUGAAUGAUUGUUCCUGUAACUGCUAGACUAGCAAAACUUGCCUGGUUACUAAGUUGUCACUUACUAAGUCCAAUGGCAUGCUGUUGCUUGAGAGCAGAAAGGUUCAGUCUCCGGUAGGGUGGGGUAUGCUCCUGGAUUUUCUCAGUUGAUUGCAUAUCCUUGUGUAUAUAAGUACUUUUUUCUUUUACAAAGUGCUUGAAAUUAUGUAAUUUCUGGUCAAAGCCACAAAUUUGGCGGGCCAUUGAUUAUAUUAAAAAAAUCCAAUAAUUUGUUGCAUUUUUGUUGAAACUAUACAACCCAAAGUCGGGGUUUGGUUUCACUUUGUUGGUUAGAAGUCAAAGAGAAAAGGUGUUUCUUGCAAUAAGUUUGGGGUGACCUUCAAAAGGAUGUAGUUGAUAUUGGCAUUGUUGCUUUGGCUUUCAGAAUACAAAGGAUGGAUUUAUGUGUA